UGAUGUCAUAGCAUAGGCAGCAACUGUUCCUACAACAUUGAUAAUUAGAUGAAGCUGGUCGGUCCAGAUGUCAUAAACAAAUCUGGCACUUAAGCUCACUAACCCUAAUCGAUACCACCACCAUCAUCAGCAUCUUACCUUGUCCCAUGCCUUCUUCAAACAACAUCACGAUAUUCGCGCCCAACGGUACCUCAUGGAAUGAAGUAGGCGAGUUUAUUUGUGUUCAAGCAGGGUGGCUUCAAGUUUCAAAGUUCAUUAUCCUCUAUUAUGUGGCCCAGGCAUUCACUAUCGUAACCAGACCUGGAGAGGGCUUUGCACAGACUAUAUACAGUUGUCUCCUUGCCAUAUUCUUUCCUAUCACGGCUUUAAGUCGUGGACUGGAUGCAAUUUGCCGCCGAGCCUCGUUCCAUGGCAGCCUAAAAGACAUACUACUUGGACUUAUUGGUGCUGGCGACAAUAAGCACAAACUGCGUACAGCUAUACGUGCAGGGGCUGUCGGUGUCUUGAUACGAGAACACGAUCAUCCACAAAGUGAAAUGAACUUUAGUAACAUCGGAAGAAAAUGGAGUCCAGGUGCAAGACUUCAUGACUAUGAAAAAGACGACACAACCGAAAACGACCCACGAGUCCAACCCGUAUACCGGAUUGACAUAUCAGGAGAACCAAAGGGACCCGUGCACUCACUAAAAUGGCGUCACAUCGCUGGACUUGUGUCUAACCAAGUGCAAAACACUGGCUACUUCUUUGAAGAACACCCCAUUACUUCUAUUGGCAAAGUAAACUUCGAUAACUUAGACAAGAAAUCGUUAGAAAUAGCCCAGAGCUCAUCCCUUCUUAAAAUUCUUGUCGCUCUGUUUCAAGCGGUCUACGGCAUUGUCGACCUGAUAUACUACAGUACAAACCGACAUCUUUUCCGAGAAUAUGGAUACUCGCUGUAUUUGUAUACUACUUUUCCGUACCUGUUUACAGCGAUUAUCAACCUAUUGGGCAAUUUAGCGACUCCUACGUAUCCAACCGUAUACCUCCUCCGGAACACGGUCAUGAGCGAAGCGGAGAGUCGGAACUCGAAAUUUGAAGCUUGCGUCAUUGGUGAGCUGUUGCCCCUUGGAGACGGUGAGCUGUUGCCCCUUGGAGACGAAGUGGACAAGCAGCCCUUGGAGAUUGCGAAGGCGCAUACAGAAGAGGAGGACCACGAAUCCAGAAGUAGAACACAUGUUUGCUUCGACGCGGACUGUACAGAACGCACGAGCCACACCUCUCUCAAAGUUAGAUCUGGACGGCUAGAACAGAAGCCUGAAUACAAUCUACUCUACGGAACGAUAAUUCAAAUAAUCGUUAUAUCGCUCUUUGUCGCGAUUACCGUUGGGCCUUUUAUUUAUGCAGCGAUCAAAUACCCUGUUACGCAGACCUGGCAGAGGAAGAUUGUUCCUCCUCUCAGGGCUACCUUUGUUAUCCUCAUUGGGUGGGUUGUCUCCUGGAUCGACGAUGAUAAUCCUGUUAUUUUAGGAUUAUUGAACGCCUUAUUUGAGAAAGGGAAGAAGAGCGAGGCAGGAAACUACAUCACAAAAAAUUGGACAACGGUGGUGCUUUGGGCUCUGUCACAUGGAAUUGGGAUCGCUAUUUUCGCAUGGAAUGUCUCUCUAGUGAGUGAUCAGAUUAUCAACGUCGGGAGUUGUAAGAGAACAACCGGGCUGUAGAGAGACCAGCCACAAAGCUUCGCCUUCACAGGAGCUGAGUCUCACCAUUUUACUACCCAUGGAGUUCGAUGUGACUCCUUUUUAGAUACUCAAAUAUAUGUGUGCGAAAUGAUAUUGCUCUGAAGACUCAGCUAAGGUUUAAGCAUUGAGCCUACUUCUGUCGGG